UUUUUUGUAAAAGCCCAAUGGGUUAUACAGAUGAGAAGAUAAAGUCCAUCCCGUUCUCAUUUACAACUUUGAUUAAGAGAUAAACCCUGCUUAAUCUACUCCUAAGCAAGAGAAAGAUUAAGAACACUAAAGUGCCACACGUGGACACGUGCAACACACGCGUCAGGCCCUGAGACAACGGGACACGCGAGAGAUUAAGAACAAAAUAGACCAGGAUAAGACAGAUAAUUGGUAAUUAGGAAUCGCAGCAAAACAAAGGUAAUCAAAAACAUUUGCUUCGUCUCCUUUCACAGCAUCAUGGAUCAUGACCUCUCUUCCGAAAGUGAAUCUGAUCAUAUAUGUUCACCUUCCUCACAACCGUCUCCGAUCUCUUCACUCCCCGAAGAACUAUUCAUCGACAUCACAGCGCGUGUCCCGCGGAGCUAUCACCCGACUCUCUCCCAAGUCUCCAGGCGUUUCCGCUCGCUCAUCUCCUCGCCGGAGCUUUACGCGAGACGAUCCAUCCUGGGACGCGCGGAGCAAUGCAUCUACGUGGCAGUCUCCAAAGACAAGGCCUCUUGUUGUAUCCACUGGUUCACUCUCUGCAACACAGAACGAUUUGGUCGUCAUCAUCAUCGAUUGGCUCACAUCUCCUCGCUCCCUCCGAUGCCUAUACACGGAAGCUACGUCUCCGUCGGGUCCAACAUCUUCGUGAUGGAUGGGAUUCACGACUGGAGCAUCGAAUCUAGCGUCUCGCUCAUCGAUUGUCGGACUCACAGGGCUCGGCCUCUCGCUGACAUGCCCAGGGCGGUGGCUGGCUCGGUCGCGGAAGCUAUCGACGAUAAGGUUUAUGUAAUUGGAGGAACGGAUGGUCAUUCUCCGUCGAGGACUGUGAUGGUGUUCGACACGAAGACUGAGGUUUGGGAGGUUAAGACGGGGCCAGAUUGGAGAGAGGGUGGCGAAAAGGGGUUGAGCAGUGUGGCUAUGGGAGGGAAGAUAUUCAUGAGGACUUGCUACAGUAGCUUCGUGUACGAUCCGAGUGGAGAUAGGUGGGAGAGAGACGAGGCUUUUCACUCCAUGGGGUGGUCGAAUUCGUGUGCGGUGGAAGGUGUGUUGUAUUACUAUGAUGCUCGCGGGAGGUGUUUGAGGGGUUAUGAUCCGGAGCUGAGAUCUUGGGGAGUGGUGAAAGGUUUGGAAGGUUUGUUGCCUGAGGGUUGUUGUUCGUGGUCGAAAACAGCGAGUUACGGCGGUGGUGGGAGGAUGGUUUUGUUCAUGCAGAAGGAGGAGAUUUGGUGCUCAGAGAUUGUGGUGGAAAGACGCCAAGGAGGAGAUAUUUGGGGUCAAGUUGAGUGGUGUGAGGUUGUGCUUGGUGGUGACUUUCGCAUUAUAGAUUGUCUACCCGUGGCUGUUCUGCUCUGAUCUGAUAGUAGAUACUAGAUAUAGUAUCGUCUCUUGGUGCUUUUUAGUUUUGUAUGAAUGUUUGGUUUAAAACAACCUCCCUUGGGAUGUGAAGGUUGUGUGUUUGUGGACCAAUUAUACCUUGUGAAUGGCUGUGUUUUUAUUAUAUAUUGAAAGCGUUAGGCA